AUGUGUUCAGCAGAAGCAGCACCAGAAAAUGGAGAGGAAAAUCGAACGUCAGUACGAGCAAGAGUUGAUCUGCAUACAACGGAUCAGUGCCGUUGUAUGCGUGAAGCAUCGACGAAGACGAAGGGACAGCCCUGUCUGAAAAAUCAUGGUGUGAUCGUGGUAGGGAACAAUGAAAUGGGUAAGUUAUUCUCGCCGGGAACGUUCUUCAGCAUCGAAACUAACGACAAGACCCGAAUGCAAAUCGUCAUCAGAGUGGACGAAUUUAUUGAGAAAGAAAAAGGAGAUGUUGUGAUAUCAGUGGAACGUACUUAUCUUGGAGAAUCAUUGUCGAAAACAUUCACGUCGACAGGUGGUGUAUUUGUGAUUGCAGAGAAAAAGAAAAUCGAAGAGGUCACGCUCGACAAUAUCCAACUUACCUUUAAGGAAUUGUACAUGAGUCGAGCUGACAUGUGGCGUUACCGGUCAAGGCUAAUAAAUACGUGUGCCUACCUCGACAAGCAGCUACGUCACUUCAACAUCAGUACGAAAGUGUCGGAUAUGUGGCAAAAGGGUAACAUUGUGCGCAGUGGUUUUGUGUCGUCGGAUACUCGAGUGGUGUUUCGUUCUAGUAGUAGCUCGGUUUUGAUUUACAUUCAAAUGAGUUCCGAGAUGUGGCAGCUGGAUCCACAAGGUGACCUUUACUUCGAGAAGUGCGUAAAAGGUUUUAUGUCGGAGCUGUUCGCGAAAUGGCACGCAAACUCUAGCGCUCACUAUGUGUCGAUCAUUCUCUGCUCUCGUUUUUAUCUACUUGGAGAAACUGACAAAAAUGUGGAGGAUCAGCUCGGACCUAGCGCAAGAGAUCAUCGCGGACGAUAUUAUCAGGAUUUCUAUCGUUUGCUGGUGCAAAAUGAGCAUUAUGAGGACUGGAGCCAUGUUUUAUCUACAAUCAAGCUGUCAUUUAACAAGUACCAGGAUACCAUCCAGGAUGUUCUAGCUGCGAACUAUCCUAAUCUGAAAGGUCGAUGGGAGAUAUCAACUGCGGCGGAUGGUAAUUUCUUACAAGUGCUGAAUAUGAGUAUGAACUCAUUUAGUGCCUAUCACACGGACAGAAGAUUUGAAACAACUGGGCAGCAGAUUAUUUUUGUGACGCCUGGAGGUGGUGUACUGAAUGUGGAUCGUGAAAUGGUGAACAUGACAAAACAGAGGAUUAUUGACAUGGGAAUCUCAUUGGACAUGGUAUGCCUAGGAGAGCAACCAUUACAUGCGGUCCCUCUAUUUGUGUUUCACAACCGAUGGAACUCGGCCCAACCGUUUGAAGACUACUUUAUACCGCAUUGGAUGAAUUACUCGUAUUAUCGGAUGAGCAAGCGUAGUGCAAUAUCGAUUAAUUUCCGUCCUAGAAUUAAUUUACCGGACGCUAUUUUGUCGGCUCCGCGUACGUUGGUUAUGGAUGGCGAGACAAUUCAGCACUGUGAUAUGCAAGCUUACGAUGCGGAGGCGUUCUCGAAAUUACUGACACAAACAAAAUUUGGUGAAAGAGGAAAAGGACAAAGUACUAUUGAUGAGUUGCAUAGGGAGUUAGGUUUACCAUGUGUUCAGAAUGAACCAGCUCCUACGUUGCCAUAUGAAAGGUCGCUCUCUGCUCGUGUUGGACCGAGCUCGUUAGAUAAUGCAGGAAGUGCUUUUGGCAUACGGUGUCCAAUGGAAAGCGGUUCGUUUGAGCAGAAACGGUAUGUUGGAGGAGCCCAUUCACUCCAUGCACAGACGAGCAAUAAACGUGGAGCGCCGAUCGUAAGUCGUCGAGGAACAGCAUCACAUGUGGAUGCUAUUCCUCACCGUUCGCUCAUAAAUCCUUUCCGUCCGGACCAAUUCUACGUACGAAUCACAGCGAAUCGUCGACGAUGGAUACACGUGUUCCCUGUUGAUGAAAUGGGUCGGUCAAAACUUGCACAUCACUAUGUAGAUGGUACUUGUGCAGUGCGUAUCAACAUGGUUGAUGAGGCUCCACCGGUAGAAAACGAGAUCGACAAAAGUGCCAGGGAAAAUGUUGUGUCAGGAUCACCGUCUCGAUCACGUAGUGAACGACCAGAAUCUCCGCAGGUCACGACUGCUCCACCGCAAGAAAGCACCACAAGUACAGCUACAGUAAAUAUGAAGAACGAUGAUUUUACACCUGUGAGACGUGUUGGUGAAGCGAAAAAAGAACAGACACGUGUAUGGGCGUGGGGUUCUACUGGAGAAGAAAAGUGGAAUCCUGACAUGGAAAUUGGUGUGGACUGGAAGUCGUUGGUUCGUUCGGCUCUACUUCCAAUUACCACCGACUAUUUCCCUGAUGGCUUAACUCUUCUCAAGGAUUACCUCUACACUGAACACCAAAUAUCAGUGGUUAAUGAGCACGGAUUGAGGGUAAAAAUGGACAUUAACCAGUUGUCGAGGCUGGUCUUUGACCAACUCAUCUGUCAGCGCCUUCAGCGAGGAUUUCAAAUCAUUUUGAUGUCGAAGCCGUUGAUUCACGUUGCGAUCAAACAAAGCUUGUUUACCCCAAUAAACACGGAACAAACUGAAUGCAGCAUGUCAUUUAACAAGAUUGUUCAUCGACUUGUUCUCGUUGGUUCCGACAUCACAGUAACAGUGUUUUAUCCGAAGCGAAAUCGUGAAACAGAAUCAACUCCACCGCCGUGCAUGCAGCCAUACUCGUACUUCUUCCAGGUACCCGUCUACCCGAACAGCCUCGUUCCGGGCCAGGUACCGGACGCGCAGUGCUAUGAGAGAAGCACUACCAGUUUCAAACCUCACAAUUUGGACAAAUUGAACUGGAGUUUGUUAGAUUGUAAUAUCAAGUACAGGAAUAAUUCGCAGAUGUUCAAGGAUGAAAUGAAAAGCUAUUCUUCGAGGUUUAUGAUGGUACCACAGCCGGAAACUCCGAACAUUGUGCAACGAAUGCUCAACGAACAGCUUCCCGGUGCAUCAUUUCGAGCCAUCGAAGGAGCACCGAGGUCUCCGCUACUCUUUGACAGCAUGAUACGUGUACUACUCCAAAUCAAUCGUCUCGUUCGACCUCUUACCUCAUCACCUGCGAUUAACUCCGUUCAACGUGACUUACCGCCACGAACUGACCUCACCGUAGCAAACUAUGAUCAGAUCCUGGCCCGCUUCAAACAAAGUGGUUUCGUUGGAAUAACAAGUCAAAAUCCAGCUACUAUCUUUCCGCCUAACAUGUUUCUGUCUUACGAUUUUGUCAACUGGCUCACCGCUGGUAAUGUCAAGGAAUUGGUGACUCGUGAAAGUGCAAUUAAGUUCGCAAAUGACAUGGUCGACCUUGAGACGAUUGAAAUUGUUCGAGCCACAGACAUUGAGUACGAUGAACUCGAAUCCUGCAUAUCAUCGGAGUCGGAAGCACGUCUGUUCCGUUAUGGAUUCCAACUUUGCGCAUUGACCGAUGUGGAUCGUGAUAGGGAAGCUGCACAGUCUUCCUACAGUCGAUGGAUGCGUGUUGAAUUCGUUCCCAGUUGUGCAUCUUUUGGCCCACUUAGUGAAUGUCGUUUCAAAAAAGCUUCAAUCGAUUUGGAUUUUGCUCCCCGUGAUCCAUGUCCGCUAGGCGAAUGGGGAAGGAUAGUCUACGAUAGAUCCUUCUGUGAGUCCAAGACCUUUGAGCUAAGCAUAAAGUGGUUUAUGGCUACCGGACAGACAGUUGCUGACACAGUUUACACAUGGCAAGCGAAGAUAUCAAAAGAGAAAUUUUAUCUGUUUCCUGUGCCAGAAGAUCCGAUAGCUCUACCAAAAGACGUAAAUUCGAAUCCUCUUCGUUGUCCAAUACGAGUUCAAGUGAAGCAAAAUCUUAUUCCAGAACAUAUGUUGGAACAAACCCUGCGACAUCUGCUUUGCUGUUUUGGAUUUUGCGCAAUGGAAUGUCCGAUAGAACAUGCAACACUAAGGAGUUCAUCGUUCACGAGUAAAGACAAAGAGUCUGCUUACGGAAAAAUUACCCUUAACAAAUCAGCAUCUGCGUCAUCGCUUUAUAUGCAUCAGACAGGAGGCAUGUUCGUCUCACUUGAAAGACCGACCGAUAAACCUAUUUUCUUCUUCUGGGCGUGGAACCACAUGUUGACCAAGAAGUACAGGCAAGAGAGUCAAUGUUCGGAAGCGUUUCAAGACUACAUGCUUCGGGAGUUCCGAAAAUAUUGUGGAAAUAUUGAUAAUAAGCUGUAUGAAUUUUACACUGCAAUGCCCCAAACUAUAAUUUCAACCCCUCUUGCUAGUUUUUCGCAGAUUGAGUUGAUAUAA